AUGCGAUCAUUGCAUGAUCAAAAGUUUACAGAAUUUCUUAUUCGCAUUGGUGAUGGUGUUGAACCUACCAAACCAGAUGACAUGGUGAGGUUACCUUUACAUAUUGCAAUCCCAUGGGAAGGUGAACAUUCCAUACAAGUACUUAUCCAACAUAUUUUUCCUAAUUUAGAAUUGCAUGGUUGGGAUGCCCCAUAUAUGGUACAAAGAGCUAUUUUGAAACCAACAAAUGAUGAUGUCCAGAAAUUGAAUGAUAUGAUUAUCGAUCAGUUUCCAGGAGAAGAACAUAAUUUGUUAUCGUUUGACGAGAUUGAAGGAGAUAAUCAUAAUUUAUACCAACAAGAAUUCUUAAACUCAAUUGCACAAGGUAGUUUUCCACCACAUAUUCUAAAGAUAAAAAAGGGUGCACCAUUGAUGUUGUUACGAAAUCUAGAUCCUAGAUAUGGAUUGUGUAAUGAGACCCGAUUAUUAUGUCAUGGUUUAUUUAUGAAUAUCUUGGAUGUGGAAAUCCUGACAGGAAGCAACGCAGGAAAACGGGCUUUUUUGCCUAGAAUUAAAAUAAAAACAUCUGCAAGUAAUGGUCUGCCUUUUGUCCUUAGUAGAAAACAGUUUCCUGUGCGACUAAGUUUUGCAAUUACAAUAAAUAAAUCACAAGGACAAACCAUUCCAAAUGUUGGAAUAUAUCUUCCACGACAUGUUUUUAGUCAUGGACAGUUAUAUGUGGCUUUAUCUAGGGGUGUUUCACAGACUACAACAAGAGUUUUAACCAGGGAAGGAAAAUUGAAAGGAGAAGAUGCCAAACUAGAACACGAUGAAAUCUUUCAAUUAUGUAAGGAGUUGAGACAAAAGAAUGUUGAAACUUGCUUCAACAUGAAAAUGACAGACUUUGAAGAUAAAUGGAACACAUGGAAGGAUGAACAAAGUAUUUCAUCCAUCGACAAACUCGACAAUAAGUUUUUUAAAUCUCAAGAGCGCAUUGAUAAAGGGAUGUACGAAGAAUCGAUUCGAAUCUUUAUAAGGGAAAAAGAAAAUACUUCAAAUAGAGAUUUCAUGUUCGGUAUUCCUCUUAAAGAACGUCAUUGA